AUGUCAAAUCUUCCACUGGAUUUAGUAGAGGAAAUACUCUCAAGGGUUCCAGCAACAUCUUUGAAACGAUUACGAUCUACUUGCAAAUCAUGGAACAAUUGCUACAAAGACCAAAGAUUCACGGAGAAGCACUCUGUUAUAGCAGCAAAGCAGUUUCUAGUUCUAAUGUUGAAGGAUUGUAGGGUUUCCUCAGUGAGCGUCAAUCUCAAUGAAAUUCACAAUAACAUCGCUGCUCCAUCUAUAGAGUUGAAGGGUGUAGUUGGGCCACAGAUGCAAAUAUCUGGAAUCUUUCACUGCGAUGGUUUAUUGUUAUGCACCACCAAAGACGAUAGACUUGAGGUUUGGAACCCUUGUACUGGCCAAACCAGGCGGGUCCAACACAGUAUACAUUACAAGACUAACUCUGAGUUUGUUCUUGGGUACGUCAACAACAACUCUCGCCAUAGCUACAAAAUCUUGAGGUACUGGAAUUUUUACAUGUCUAACUACCGAGUUAGUGAGUUCGAAAUCUAUGACUUUAGCUCUGAUUCAUGGAGGUUUAUUGAUGAAGUUAAUCCCUACUGCCUCACAGAAGGAGAGGUGUCUUUGAAAGGAAAUACUUACUGGCUAGCUUCCGAUGAAAAACGAGAUAUAGAUCUCAUACUAAGGUUUGAUUUCUCAAUAGAAAGAUAUCAACGCUUGAAUCUUCCGAUUCUGAAAUCUGACUAUGAAACUGAAGCUCUAUCAGUUGUUAGAGAAAAGCAACUUUCAGUAUUACUUAAGAGGAAUGAUACUCUAGAGAGGGAGAUUUGGGUGACGACCAAUGACAAGAUUGAUCACACGACCAAAAACUUGUUGUGGAUCAAGUUCUUAGCAAUUGAUCAACGUACUUGUUAUCAUUGGUCUUGUGUGAGUUUCUUCAUCGACGAGGAGAAGAAAAUGGCCGUGUUUUGUGAUGGUUAUAUAGGAGGCAUCAAUGAGACUAGCAGACGCAUGUUCUACAUUAUUGGAGAGGAUAAAUAUUACAGAGAAUUAUAUGUCGGAGAUUCUCCAAUAAGAUCACACAGGCCAUUUGUUUUCAACUACGUUCCAAGUUUGGUUCAAAUCCCGCAAGCUACAGUUAUACCUAAACGCAGAAGACAACAACUAUCAUUGGUACUUCAGCGUUGUCGUGCAUCAAAGGUGGAUGUAUGGAUAACUGAUAAGAUUGAUACUAAAGAAGUGCAGUGGAGCAAAUUCUUUACGGUAGAUGUAGACAUUGGUGGUCGUGCUAUGUUAUCGUAUGACAGUUUCUUCAUCGACAAGGAGAAAGGAAUGGCCUUGCUAUGUGGGUUGUGA